AUGAACGCAGAAAAUAAAAAAGGCGCGAUUAACAAUGAACGUUAUAAGAAAUGUACUGAUUAUUUUGAGACAAGAUAUCGUAAACAUUAUAAAAAAUUGCUCAAUUUCUUGACGUAUUCUCCUAAUCAAUCAAUGGGUGGUCAUCGUGUAUUCUUCCUUAAAGGCGACAAGAAUCAUGAUGUUUGGGAACAUAAAUUAAAAUUUCGUGAAGGUACAUGUUGA